AUGGCGCCCUCCCACAAUUCCAUCCGGCAGAUGGUUUCCCCUCUCCUGCAAUCCUUCCGCAGCCUAUCUCUCACCUCCCAAAAUGUCCUCCCUUCCACCUCAAGAUUCUUCACCUCGAGCUCGACGAUGUCCGCGAAGAGCGACAAGAAGAAAUCCGUCGACCCGCGAAUAACCCUCAUCCGGUACCACCUCCAACACACAGCGACCCCUCGUCCAUUGAAAUUCAGUCGCACGCGCGCGCUCCGCCACUGGACGAUCCAUAGAGCGUGGAUGCUUGCUAGGAGGAAGAAGCUCGAAGCUGAGGAAUUGGAAUUGCAGCGGAUGUAUCAGUCAAUGCAUAAUACGAUGGAGGUGUUGAGAACGAUGGAUGAAAAGGAUGGGCUUGGGCGAGGGAAAGAGGCGGGCAGGCUUUAUAGGGUUGCGUUGGAGAAGAAAGGGAUUUUUGGGCAAGGGGGCGUGCCGAUUGAGUAUGCGCGGUUGCAGACCGAUACACCGGGGAGAGAAGCGUGGGAUCAUAGUUGGACGCGGUAG